AUGACACUUCCCGGGAAUACCGUGAUCAGCUCUACCUGGUGCACCUGGAGCACGGUACUGGAAUGGAAGUGGCUGACCCAAAGUGUGCAAAUUGUGGGGAAAAGCAUCGGGCCACCACAAAGCUCGCCCCCAUUGCUCGACGAACGAAACUUCCCGACAAUCCCGCUUACGCGAUUGCCGAUCCCGCUCCUUCCGCCACCGCAAAAAAGACUCACAGCUGCUGGUGCCUCGGUCCCACCGGAAGUCAAGCCAAGCAAAGCAACAUCCAGCCCAUCCACUAGCGAAUGGUCGCCGCUCCCUCCCCCAAGAUUCCGCGAGCAGCAAGAUGAGCACCCUCUACCCCCGGAGGAUUCCGCUCCGCUCUACACCCCGAAGCAGCUGGCUCCGAUAUUCAGCCAACUUGCGACUCGGCUUCGAAGCUGCAAAUCCCGGUUCGACCAGAUUUACACUCUGGGCCUUUUCGUAAUUCAGGGUGUCGAGUACCUGGAAAAACCUGGAGAGUCAGGGAAGUCUCUAGAUUAA